CUACGAACGAAAGCCCAUUCUAUAUUCUCGCAGAUCUUAAACCCUUUCAAGGUUUCACCGCUUUUUAGGGUUUACUCUAGCUCAAGCUCCGUCUGCGUCUUUCUGCGAAUCUUCUGUGAGCUGGACGCUAAGUUUUGUAGCCAUGCCGCAGGGAGAUUACAUAGAGCUUCACAGGAAGCGACAUGGAUAUCGUCUCGAUCACUUCGAGCGCAAGCGCAAGAAGGAGGCUCGUGAAGUUCACAAGCGCUCCGCGAUGGCACAGAAGGCACUGGGUAUAAAGGGGAAGAUGAUUGCAAAGAAAAACUACGCUGAGAAGGCCCUGAUGAAGAAAACAUUGGCUAUGCACGAGGAAUCAACAUCUAGACGGAAGGUUGAAGAUGAUGUUCAUGAAGGAGCUGUUCCAGCCUAUCUACUUGAUCGUGAGAACACAACACGUGCUAAGGUUCUUAGCAAUACUGUGAAACAAAAGAGGAAGGAGAAAGCGGGGAAAUGGGAGGUCCCUCUGCCCAAGGUCAGGCCUGUUGCAGAAGAUGAAAUGUUUAAAGUGAUAAGAACUGGCAAACGCAAAACAAAAGAAUGGAAGAGGAUGGUCACGAAGGCCACAUUUGUUGGUCCGGGUUUCACAAGGAAGCCUCCCAAAUAUGAGCGAUUCAUCCGUCCUUCAGGGUUGCGAUUUACUAAAGCUCAUGUGACACACCCUGAACUGAAAUGCACUUUCAAUCUCGAGAUCAUUGGAGUGAAGAAGAAUCCUAACGGUCCAAUGUAUACGUCUCUUGGUGUUAUGACCAAAGGAACCAUAAUUGAGGUGAAUGUCAGUGAACUGGGUCUGGUCACUCCUGCAGGGAAAGUUGUGUGGGGGAAGUAUGCUCAAGUGACGAAUAACCCCGAAAAUGAUGGUUGUAUAAAUGCAGUUCUGCUUGUGUAAGAGGAUGACUGUAGCAAAAGAUUCGUUCGCAGUGGCUACCAACAUAAAGUUUUAACAUUGCAUAUGCGAAAUCUAUCUGCAGACCGUCAUAACUGGUUUAGUACAAUAGCCAUUUUGGUUUUUGAUGUUGUUUUAUAGUUUAUCAGGUCCCCUCGAUCAAGUACAGAUGAGGGUUGUAACUAGGAUAUGGCCUCUGUGCGUAAAUUUUGUUCGACAACUAAACUGAAAUUUUGUCUUAUAACCGGAGGAAAUGUUUUUUCUUUCCAUUUUACUGUUCAAACGAAA